AGUCGGGUGAGGAGCGGACGCCGCUGGCCAGGAUGGUGCUGGAGAGCGUGGCCCGCAUCGUAAAGGUGCAGCUCCCCGCGUAUCUGAAGCGGCUUCCAGUGCCCGAGAGUAUUACAGGGUUCGCCCGACUCACAGUUUCAGAAUGGCUUCGGUUGUUGCCUUUCCUUGGUGUACUCGCACUACUUGGCUACCUUGCGGUUCGUCCAUUCCUCCCGAAGAAAAAGCAACAGAAGGAUAGCUUGAUUAAUCUUAAAAUACAAAAGGAAAAUCCCAAAGUGGUGAAUGAAAUAAACAUCGAAGAUUUGUGCCUUACUAAAGCAGCUUAUUGUAGGUGUUGGCGUUCUAAGACGUUUCCUGCCUGUGAUGGUUCACAUAAUAAACACAACGAAUUGACAGGAGAUAAUGUGGGCCCACUAAUACUGAAGAAGAAAGAAGUGUAAUAGUAAUGAAUUAGGGUGGAAUUCAAUUCUGUGCUGUAAAAAGUUAGAACAAUAUUUUUGCAUUCUUUGUUUAUUGAAGAUCUUUCAAAUGGUGGUCUUAAUUAUUGCUACUGGUUGAAUAAUUAUUUCUGCCAAUUUAUUUUCUUUUUACACUACUGUUUAUAUUUGAUACUUUGUAUAUUCAAGCAGUCUUUAUAUAGAAAUUAAAUGACAGUUCUUUCAUUCUGACUUCAAAGAAUUAAUGUAUCUUCCUACAAAAAAAAUCAACAUUUUUAAUUUUAAUUGAGAAAGUUUUGGCAAUGAGUGCAAAGCUGUUUGAACAUCAGUAUUUUCAACGGAAUCUAUACUUUAUAAAUGUCUGCCUCCACUAUUAAAUAUGUAUAUAGUUAGUACCCUUCUGUUUUGAUCAUUUGCAGUGAUUUUUUUCCCCUUCCAUAUUUCAUUCUUUUUAGGUCAGUAAGAAAAAUAUUGCUGUCAGAAUUGCUUGAGUUUUCAAAGAGAAAAACUCUUUGCUUUUUAAAUAUUGUUCUCUAUAAAUGUGAAUUCCCGAAUUUCAGAAAAAACAGGAACUGGGUAUAAAAAGUUUCAACAAGGAACAAUUAUUUACAUUAUAAAAGACUUGUUUAUAAAAGGUUUGUUUGUGUCUGUUUACAUGUCUUGUGUGUGUGUAUGUCAGUAAACUCAUGAGCUGCUGCAAUUUGAAGGUCAGUUAAAAAUAAAGUAAAUCUGGUACGGCUGGAUCCCUUUGCUGUUCACCUGAAAUUAUCACAACAUUGUUAAUCGGCUGAACCCCAAUAUGAAAUAGUUUUUAAAAAUCUGAAUUUAUAUUAAUAUGAUAAUAGUUCAGUGUUCAAAAUUGUAUCUGUAUAAACAUUUUCCUCUUCAUUACAGUGUAAACCAGUAAAACAAAAUACAAAAUGUGUGCAAAAUAAACUUAUUGGAGAAUCUUUAAAA